AUCAUUGUCACAAACGUAUCGAAAGUUUGGUGAAAAUUUGACCCAUAAAACCAGGGAAAAUUUUGAGCCUUCUGAUAAGGGUGUAAUCUCUUCACUUCAGUUACAAUAAUUCAAUUUCAUUCAAACAAUUAUUUCUGGGUUCAAUUUUUAUUUUUUGGUGGCUGCCCAAGAACACUGUAAGAUUGAAAAGGACUGGUCCUACCCUGAUAACAAUGGAGUCCCAGAAUCCCAUUUCAGGUCAAGUGAAACCACACUCUGAUAAAAUUACAUCAGCAUUGCCAGUGUCCACACCAUCCAAUAAUGCAAUCUCAGUCUCAAAGAAACUAACUUUGAUACCUUUGAUCUUUCUAAUUUACUUUGAGGUUGCUGGUGGCCCUUAUGGUGAGGAGCCUGCUGUUCAAGCAGCCGGGCCCCUUUUCGCCAUACUCGGGUUUCUCAUAUUCCCUUUUAUCUGGAGUGUCCCUGAAGCACUCAUCACUGCUGAACUCUCUACUGCUUUCCCUGGAAAUGGUGGCUUUGUCAUUUGGGCUGAGAAAGCCUUUGGUCCUUUCUGGGGUUCCUUAAUGGGGACAUGGAAGUUCCUUAGUGGUGUCAUUAACAUAGCUGCAUUCCCUGUUCUUUGUGUCAAUUACUUGGAGAAGAUCAUUCCAGCUCUUGAGGCGGGUUGGCCUCGGUAUGUAGCUAUCUUGGUAUUCACUUUGUGUCUUUCUUUUCUUAACUAUACUGGCUUGACAAUUGUUGGUUAUGCUGCUGUGGUACUUGGUGUUGUUUCACUUUCACCAUUUGUGUUGAUGUCUUUGAUUGCUAUUCCUAAGAUUAAGCCUCAUAGAUGGAUUAGUUUAGGCCAAAAAGGAGUGAAAAGGGAUUGGAAUUUGUUUUUCAAUUGUUUGUUUUGGAACUUGAAUUUUUGGGAUAAUGUAAGUACUUUAGCAGGAGAAGUUGAAAACCCUCAAAAGAAUUUCCCUAUGGCUCUUUUGGUAGCUGUCAUUUUCACUUGCACUGCCUAUUUAAUACCUCUAAUUGCUGUGAUUGGAGCUGUUGAUGUUGAUCAAAGUAAAUGGGAAACCGGUUUUCAUGCUCAGGCUGCUGAAAUCAUAGCCGGUAAAUGGCUAAAAAUAUGGCUUGAAUUCGGUUCUGUUUUAUCAGCAAUUGGAUUAUUUGAAGCACAACUAAGCAGCAGUGCAUACCAAGUUCUUGGCAUGGCAAACAUAGGCAUUUUGCCCAAGCUAUGUGCCACUCGUUCGAAGAAGUUCAACACACCAUUCGUGGGCAUUGUUGUCUCCACACUAAUCGCUCUCGCCUUAUCCUACAUGAACUUCACCGUCAUAAUCUCAUCGGCGAAUUUCUUGUAUGCAUUGGGGAUGUUGUUGGAGUUUGCUUCCUUUGUUUGGCUAAGAAGAAAAAUGCCAACUUUGAAAAGACCUUAUAAAGUACCAAUGAAGAUACCUGGUUUGAUAAUCAUGUGUUUGGUUCCAUCAUCUUUUCUGAUAUUUGUUAUGAUUAUUGCUACCAAGACUGUGUUUUUAGUGAGUGGUGUUAUGACUGCAGCUGGAAUGGGAUGGUUCCUUUUGAUGAGAUUUUGCAAGUCAAAGAAGUUACUUAAAUUUAGUGAGACUGAUCAUGAAUUGAAUUAAUUAGUACUUAUUUAUUAUGGUAUUAAUUAAGGCUCUUUCUUCUCUUUGUAUUUUUAAUCUUAACUACUUAGUUUAAUUUCAAUAGUUGUUUGUCAUCAAUUUGUAUAAAGCAUUUAGGUUCUUGUUAGUUAUUACUAUGUAUGCAAUUUCCAUUAUUGUUUUGUAUUGAAAUGAUUGUAAUGGCAAUAUUUAAUCUUUCAUAGAAUAAUCUUAAUUGGUGAGCUUCAAAUAAA